UCUGGAUCCCCUCACCACGAAAUCUCCACCACCCUCCCCCGAUCUCGCCCGUUUAAAGCAUUGAUUUCCCCUCCAUUCAUCCGUGCCUUUUUUUCUCCUUCUCUUUUCUUUUUUUCUUCCUCCGUUUCUUCGUCUGUUCUUUUCUUCUCUCCCAUACUCAACCUCGAAUCAUCACAAUGGCCAGCACUGUCGGACAAACCAUCACCUGUAAAGCCGCCAUCGCGUGGGGCGCCGGCGAACCCCUCUCCGUCGAGGACGUCGAGGUGGCGCCGCCCAAGGCCCACGAAGUGCGCAUCCAGAUUCACCACACCGGUGUCUGCCACACGGACGCAUACACCCUGUCCGGCAAGGACCCCGAGGGCGCGUUCCCCGUCGUCCUGGGCCACGAGGGCGCCGGUGUCGUCGAGUCCGUCGGCGAGGGCGUCACCUCCGUCAAGCCGGGUGACUAUGUCGUCGCUCUCUACACCCCCGAAUGCCGCGAAUGCAAGUUCUGCAAGUCCGGCAAGACCAACCUGUGCGGCAAGAUCCGCGCGACCCAAGGCAAGGGCGUGAUGCCGGACGGCAGCUCGCGGUUCAAGGCCCGCGGCAAGGACCUGCUGCACUUCAUGGGCACGUCGACCUUCUCGCAGUACACAGUCGUCGCAGACAUCUCCGUCGUGGCGGUGACCCCCAAGAUCUCGACGGACCGGUCGUGCCUGCUGGGCUGCGGCAUCACGACGGGCUACGGCGCCGCGACGGUGACCGCCAAGGUGGAGGAGGGCGCCAACGUGGCGAUCUUCGGCGCCGGCUGCGUCGGUCUCUCCGUCAUCCAGGGAGCCGUGCGCAACCGCGCGGGCAAGAUCAUCGCCGUGGACGUCAACGACGGCAAGGAGGCGUGGGCGCGCAAGUUCGGCGCCACCGACUUCGUCAACCCUACCAAGCUGGACGGCAAGACCAUCCAGGAGCAGCUGAUUGAUAUGACCGACGGCGGUUGCGACUACACCUUUGACUGCACGGGUAACGUGGGCGUCAUGCGCGCGGCCCUCGAAGCCUGCCACAAGGGUUGGGGCGAGAGCAUCAUUAUCGGUGUUGCUGCUGCCGGCCAGGAGAUCUCCACUCGUCCAUUCCAACUCGUCACCGGCCGCGUGUGGAAGGGCUGCGCCUUCGGCGGCAUCAAGGGCCGCACCCAGCUGCCCGACCUGGUCGACGACUACCUGAAGGGCGAGCUCAAGGUGGACGAGUUCAUCACGCACCGCGAGCCGCUGUCGGAGAUCAACACUGCGUUUGAGCAGAUGAAGGCUGGCGACUGUGUGCGGUGUGUUGUUGAUAUGUCGUAGUUGGACGGAUGAAAAAGAAAAAGAAAUGAAAUGAAAAGGAAGGAAAAGUGAUGUUGUCAAUGAAAUGAAUAAUUUAUGUGGAUUUGUUUAGUAUAGGAAUGAUGUUGAUACCAAUUGAUUGAUGUAAGGC